GAAUUUAGACAAUCCGAGACCUCUUCGACACAAAGGGUAAUGUUGGAUAGUAGCAUGUCCGUCAUUAAAGGAAAUGAGUGGCUUGAUGUAACUUUAUUGACCGCAUUAUCAGUGCUUGGAUGUGACAACGUUGAAGAGAAAUAUUGGUUGAAAAGGUUUGCUUUUUCUGAUGCAGUUUUAGCUGUGGCACCGUCAUAUGUAAAUGGUGCUUGGACUAGUCCGAUGAUGGAGAAUGACUUUGUGAUAGCUCCAAAAAUGCUUAGGGUUACGGCUGAGCGAGUGUUCAACUUUAGCUAG